AUGAAAGUGUUAGAGCAUCCACUGCGAACUACAUUAACUCAUAAAUUACAACCGAUUACAAAAAUGAAAAACAUUUUGAUCACAGACUUUGAUGAAACGAUCACAGCAAAGGAUACAACUACUAUAUUAGCAAAAUUGCCAUAUAAACUAAAACCCAAUUUGAAACCAGAAUGGACCCAUUUCCAACAGAAUUACAUGGAUGCAUGUAAAAGGUAUAAGAAAGAUAAAAACUGGGGUGGGGCUAAGAGAGAGUUACCAUUGCUUCAAAUCAUUGAACGAUCUAACUUACCAAUGUGCGAGCAUUUCCAUUCCCUUCUAGAAUCAGAAUUUACUUAUCAAUCUGAGAGUAGCAUAAUCGAAAUGGCUAGUAUCUCUGAGCUUGAAAGAUGUGAAUUAUUCAAGGGAAUAAAUCACUCGCAAGUAGAUGAAUACGUUAAGCAAUUAUUGUUAGAAGAUCCUCUCCUAAUUAGAUCGGGGUUUCAAGAAUGUAUUCAAUCAUCCAUUGAGCCACAAGAUUUUUAUGUUAUCUCUGUAAAUUGGUCAAGGGAAUUUAUACUGAAGAUGAUGGGACUGAAUUUAGUCGAUCCAUCUCAUGUUUUUUGUAAUAAUCUGUUGUCAUCAUCUGGUGUAUACACAGGUCAAUUUUCUAAAGCAUUACUAACAGGAUCUGAUAAGGUUACUGCUUUGGAUAGCAUUCUAAAAGAAAGGACGGAACGUGGGUCUGAUUUUGCCAACUGUCGAUAUUGGUAUGUUGGUGAUAGUGAGACAGAUCUGCUACCUAUCUUUCAUCCAAAAGUAAAUGGAGUCAUUCUAGUUGAUCCUAGAGAGAACGCAAAAAAAUUUGCCAAAAUUUCCGAUCAGAUACUUGGUUUGAAAGUAAAGGAUAUUGAAAUGUAUAUGAAUCCAACGGUUAAAUAUAUUAAAUGCAUUGAGAAAAAUAAGGGAAAUUGUGUCUAUUUCGUCAAGACGUGGGAAACACUGGAACAACUAUUCGCAGCUAAUUAA